AUGGCCUCCCAGAACCCCCUCUUCACCAUCCCCAUCGAGCCGUACGGCGCCCACGUCGGCGGCUCCAUCGUCUGCACAUCCCCGGCGCCCCUCGUCUACCUCCUCACCUGGUCCUCGCCCCCCGACAACCGCCUCACGACCCCCUUCUGCCGCGCCUUCCUCGCCGCCCUCGACCUCGUCGAGUUCGCCCACCCCGCCGGCGUCCUCGUCACCACCUCGGCCCUCCCCAAGUUCUACUCCAACGGCCUCGACCUCGAGCACGCCAUGACCACCCCGGGCUUCUGGUCCGACUGCCUCUACCGCCUCUACCACCGCCUCCUCACCUACCCCAUGCCCACCCUUGCUCUCAUCCCCGGCCACGCCUUCGCCGGCGGCUUCAUGACCGCCAUGCACCACGACUACCGCGUCAUGAACCCCCAAAAGGGCUUCCUCUGCAUGAACGAGCUCGACUUCGGCGCUCCGCUCAAGCCCCCCAUGGCCGCCAUCUUCCGCAUCAAGUGCGCCACCCCGCGCCUCUACCAGGAAAUCGUCCUCGAGGCCAAGCGCUUCCCCGGCCCCGCCGCCCUCGAAGCCGGCCUCGUCGACGCCCUCGGCGGCCUCGACGCCGCCCUCAAGCUCAUCGCCGACCGCAGGCUCACCGAGCGCGCCAAGUCCGGCGUCUACGCCGUCCUCAAGGCCGAGAUGUGGAAGGAGAGCGCCUACCUCCUCAACAAGGAGAACUACGAGUCCAUCGAAAAGAUCUGGGACCACAGGGAGGAGCUCGAGAAGCAGCGCGUCGCCGCCGGCAACAAGUUCGCCGCCGAGUGGAAGGCCGGCAAGGCCAAGUUGUAA